GGCCUUGCGAACUUCGCGCGGUGUUUUGUUUGAUCAGCAGCACAAUCGUAAACCAACCAAACCGCGUUUCACUCGUUGCUCCGUUUCCGUAAAAACCGUGAUAAAAAAGUGACCGUGCGUGCGUAACAAGAUGAGUUUCCAUCAUCAGGGUCGUGGCGGUAAUCGUCGUGGGGGAAAUUUCCACAAGGGUGGUGGUGGUGGCGGUCGUCACGGUGGUGGAAAUCGUACCGGCGGCGGCGGCCGGAAGGAGUCCGAUGCGGUGCCGGUCGAUGAAAACAAUCCGGUGGUGCAGUGCUUCCGCGAGUACGCCCGGGAGCUGGACGCCAAGCACGAUCGGUACGAGCGCAUCGUCAAGUGCAGCCGGGACAUCACCAUCGAGAGCAAGCGGAUCAUCUUCCUGCUGCAUACGGUGGAUUCCAAGAAAAACAAUCAAUCGAAAGUGUGCGAAGAGGCAAAGCACCGCCUGCAGCAGCUAUGCCUUACCAACUUUGCUACGAUUGCCAAGGAACUGCACGGCCAGGACCCGUACCAAUUUCUCCGUGCCUACACGGCCGGCUUGCAGGAAUUCAUCGAGGCGUUCACUUUCUGCGAGUACGUCGGCUCGUCGAACAUUUCCCACUGGAACACGAUCCAGGACAUGCUGAAGAACAAGGUUCAGCCGGAGCAGCCCAAGAAACCGAACGAAAAAGCCGAAGGAGAGGCGUCUUCUGACGAGGAACCGGACAGUAAGCCGGAGCCAAUCGACAUGAUGUGCCUGAUGCCGCCGAUGGAGUUCGUUCUGGGCGUGGGCGAUCUGACUGGCGAAGUCAUGCGGAAGUGCAUCAACUCGCUCGGUUCCGGUGACGUGGACAGUUGCUUCGAUCACUGUCGGUUCCUGCAGGAACUGUACAAAGGGUUCAUGUCGGUGAGCAAUGCCAAGAAUCGGGAGUUCUCGCAGAAGUUGUUCACCUUGCGCCAAAGUCUCCUGAAGAGCGAAAACGUUUGCUACAACGUAAAGGUUCGUGGCGGCGAGGCAGCCAAGUGGGGCAGCACCGACGAUUCGGCAUUCGCCGGAAUCAAGGACCACGCAGAGGACGACGAAGGAGUUUUCUUUUAGUUCAGGUAAUUAAUUACAAGUUUAUUUGCAUUAAAUACCAUUUCUUUCUGUCUUGAGUGGCAUUAUACACAUGAAUUGGAAUAAAUUUCGUGAGUUUAACACGAUCAGUAAACGAAA